GAGCGGAGCGAUCUAGCUUCCCCCAGUGCGGGCUUGCUGCAAGCCGGGGAGGGUCGCGGCUUCCCGGACAGCGCUUGCGCAGGGGACUCGAAGCUGAGAUUGUCCAAAGCCACAGGGAAAAUGGUGGAAAAUUCACCGUCGCCAUUACCAGAAAGAGCGAUUUAUGGCUUUGUUCUUUUCUUAAGCUCCCAGUUUGGCUUCAUACUGUAUCUUGUGUGGGCUUUUAUUCCUGAAACUUGGCUAAACUCCUUAGGCUUAACCUACUGGCCUCAAAAGUAUUGGGCGAUUGCAUUGCCCGUCUACCUCCUCAUUACUAUAGUAAUCGGUUAUGUACUCUUGUUUGGAAUAAACAUGAUGAGUACCUCUCCACUCAACUCCAUUCAUACGAUCACAGAUAACUAUGCUAAAAAUCAACAGCGGAAGAAUUACCAAGAAGAGGCCAUCCCGGCAUUAAGAGAUAUUCCUAUUAGUGAAGUAAACCAAAUGUUCUUUCUUGCAGCCAAAGAACAUCACACCCAAAACUAAAUUGUAUGUAGACUAACAACAAGCAUUUAUUAUAAAAGUUUUUGAUGUAAUAAUUUUGACCGUAAUUAUUUUGACUCUCUUGUUAAAACAUGAUAUUGAAAUGUAAAAAAAUAAGUUGAGCCUGUUUUAGAUAAAGUUCCGUUAAUAUUGUAAAUAUUCUUGGGGCGCCUGGGUAGCUCAGUCGGUUAAGCAUCUGAGUUCAGCUCAGGU